AUGGCGACCGGGCAAGGAGAUAAUAGCGCAAGAAUGAGUGCAGGCGCUUUGAAAUCACUGACCUUCAAACACUAUGCAUUCGCACCUGCUUCUCAGCAGCUGCCCCUGCCUCCGUCAAAACGCCGACGCAUCAUUGAAACAGCACCGACAUAUCCAUGUAUCAAGGGCGCCGACUUGGAGAUCUCCACGCAAGGUCUCAAUGGUUCGUAUAACGUGAACUCUCUAAAUCAAUCACCUCAAAAUGGAAUAUUGCACAAUACUGUUUUAGGAGACUCGGCUUCGUUCUCUUUGCAAAGCGCAUCCGAAAAGUCAUACCCGGCAGAACAGGAUUCAGAUCUCACAGGCCACAAUACACCCAACACCUCCGUUUCGAACACAUCCCCGUGGCCUCGAAUUAAAUCAACGUCUCCGGCGGCGGCCACGAAGCCUGCUAACAUACUGAAGCAGGUCUACGCGGCCGAUGUGGAGGCACCCAACUACGAGGAGUUCAAACCACGCUCUUCAAUACCGAGUACACUUCCCGGACCAGUCUAUGCUCAACAAUGUAUAACAGCUGCAUACUCUUCACGACUCAAUCCUUUCGCCCUUCACAAGAACGAGCAGAAUGUAUUGCAACAUCAUCUAUGCCAUCUUCAUGUCACGACAUACCUCAAUAUCCGAAACGGCAUUUUGCGCCUAUGGACCCGCAACCCAAUGAUCAGCGUGACCCGUGAGGAAGCACUUGGCUGUGCUAAAGAUUUCAGAUGGAUGGGCUUGGCAGACUUUGCGUAUGAGUGGCUGUUACGCAAUGGAUAUAUCAACUUUGGCUGUGUCGAGGUUCCUCCGGCUCUCGUUACACCCAAGAAAGGCCGGCGCAGAGAUGACGGACCGGUCAUUGUUAUUGUGGGGGCCGGUGUUGCAGGCCUAGCUUGUGCUAGACAGUUAGAAGGGUUAUAUCAGCAGUAUAGAGACAAAGUCACAUCGUUGAAGAUUAUAGUGCUCGAGGGAAGGCGUCGAAUCGGCGGACGUAUAUACUCGCAUCCCCUUAAAAGCCAUCAGAAGACUACCCUUCCAAAGGGGCUGCGGCCAACUGCUGAAAUGGGCGCUCAGAUUAUAGUUGGGUUUGACCGAGGGAAUCCGUUAGAUCCGAUUAUCAGGUCACAACUUGCGCUACGUUAUCACUUGCUCCGGGAUAUCUCCACAAUUUACGACAUUGACGGCUCGGCUGUCGACGAAAUGCAAGACGCAAUGGACGAACGGCUGUACAACGAUGUCCUCGACCGUUCCGGUAAUUAUAGGCAUAAAGCAGCUAUUCAGCCUACUGCAGAGGGAGACCGCGAGAUGAUAAACCAUGGUCGUGACAUUCCUAUUGAUGAUGGCGUCACAGUACAUCAAUACGAAGAAGCUCGGGCCGCUGGAACUCAUCAUUUGAUGCUUCCUGCAGCAAGGUUCCGUCGUGGAAUAGGUCACAAUGCUUCUCGAAUCCUACCCCCACCAUCAACCGCCCAAAUUCCAGAUCUUGGCCCGGAUGAAGAGUUACCGGCAGCCAUGGAGUGUCAAAGCAUGGGCUGGAAUUUACGGGGCGGUGUUUCACCUCGGACCGAUUUACAACUUGAUGAAAUUGCCAAAACGUCACCCACGCAGACUCUUGGAGCUGUCAUGGAUGAAGGUGUCAGGCAAUAUCAGCAUAUGCUCCCUCUGACACCAAAGGACAUGCGGCUUUUGAACUGGCACUAUGCAAAUUUGGAGUAUGCUAAUGCUACCAAUCUGAACGCGUUAAGCCUAUCAGGAUGGGAUCAAGAUAUGGGGAAUGAGUUUGAAGGUGAACAUAGUCAGGUCAUUGGCGGAUAUCAACAACUACCACGGGGGCUUUGGGCUUUUCCCACGAAACUCGACGUUCGGACCCAUGAAACCGUUAUCAACAUCACGUAUGAUGCGGCUGGCAAGUCGAAGAAUCGCAAGACGACUGUCCAUACUGAAAAUGGACCCAUCCAUGCCGAUCACGUUGUAUACACGGGGUCAUUGGGCACACUCAAACAUCGCUCAGUAGAAUUUGCUCCUUCCCUACCGCAAUGGAAAAUCGGCGCAGUGGAUCGUCUCGGUUUUGGUGUGCUCAACAAAGUUGUCUUGGUAUUUGAUCAGCCAUUCUGGGAUACCAAUAGAGACAUGUUUGGCCUUCUCCGCGAUGCAGAAGUCCCGGGUAGUAUGUCGCAAGCACACUACGCCAAGAAUCGAGGCAGAUUCUACUUGUUUUGGAAUUGCAUCAAAACAUCCGGUAUUCCGGUCCUGAUUGCAUUGAUGGCUGGAGAUGCUGCUCAUCAAGCCGAAACAAUGCCGGAUCAAGAGAUUGUCGCGGAAGUGCUUUCUGAACUUCGCAAUAUCUUCAAGUCGAAAACUGUUCCGGACCCACUAGAAACAAUUGUCACGCGUUGGAAAGCAGACAAGUUCACCCGUGGCACAUACUCAUAUGUAGCGGCUGAUGCGUUGCCUGGAGAUUACGAUCUGAUGGCACAAGCUGUUGGGAAUCUUCACUUUGCAGGCGAAGCUACAUGUGCCACACACCCAGCGACUGUGCAUGGAGCAUACUUGUCAGGAUUGAGAGCGGCAGCAGAGAUUAUGGAGGAGAUACUAGGGCCUAUUCCUAUACCGACGCCGUUAGUUCCGCUGUCAUCUAAGCCCAACGCCAACAUCACACCUGUGCGUUAUCCGACGGUCGAUUCUUUCAAACAAAGCAUAUCCAUACCGGCAAAGCAGAGCCCAAAAUCAUCGACGCCAUCAAAGCCAAAGCCCAUCAACAAAGCUCCCACAUCCAAGCCAACUUUCUCGGUACCAGCCCCUAUGCCAGCCAUAUCCACCAACACCCCGACAACCGAAGAACAACGACAGCAGCAACUCUACAAACAAGCCCUUGAGAAACACAUCCGCGCCAAAAUCGGCGAGCUACCCGCCAAACCAGCCAAAAUCGCCCUCAACCCCUUCCUCACAUUUCAAAAGGACUAUUGGAUCCGCGCAAAACAGCAAUGCGAGGAAAAUAAACGACAAGCCACUAAUAAUCCCGAAGCUAAGGCUGCGCGAGACGAAAUUCGCGCUGUACUUGGGCAGAUGUGGCGCGAAGCCGACGAAGAAACUAAGCGGCCGUAUCAGGAACAGAUGAUUGUGAAUAGGAGAACGAACGAUGAGACGGCCAAGGCGUGGGGCCAAGCUAUGAGAGAGUAUGAGAUCAAGAGCAUAGAAGUUGCGAAGGGGUUUACGUUUGAGAUGUGGGCAUCUAUGAAUCCAUGA